AUGAAGAAUACAAGCAGGAGGGAACUACUGCCGAGCAUGCCACUCACCAGUGGGCGACGACGGAUCAAGCGGCAGGAGACAGAUCAUCAUCCUGCAGAUCAAGAUCUUAUUCUCUUUCAGGAAUUGCACAAGCGCGAAAAAGAACGCAAUAUUGUCACCCUCCUCCAGCCUGUUUCUGAAGAGUUUGAGCCAAAUGGAAACCAUCAGCUCUACAGAAUUGCAUCUGCCAAGAAAGGAUCUGGAUUUGAAUCUCUUGCUGAAAACGAGAAGAAUGAUUAUGACUGGUUAAAAACACCUCCAGCAACUCCUCUGUUUCCAUCUUUAGAAAUGGACGCAAAUGGCCCUGAAUUCAUUAUCCAACGGGAAAUACCGAUUCUCCAACCUCGGUCACGGUUUGCAGUUGUCACCAGUUGCAAGCUAGAGGCGGCAGAUAAGAAAAGCUCGGGGAGACCAAAAUCUAGAAACCCAAUUUCAAAAGUCCCCUUGAGGUCCGUCACGCCAAGUACUCAAAGACGAAGCACAGCAGUAUCAGAUUCAACGAAUCAAAUUAACAUCACCAAAGCUGCAGUAAUAACUAGAACAGAUGUACCAAUUUUGAACCAGCAGAAAGCAAGCAAAUCGGUUGUUGAUCAUAAUGACAUGAUCAUCAGAAGGAAAACAAAGCCUACAACGACAUGUAGAAGUGCUGUUGAGUCCCCUUUUCCUCUAGUGAGAUCAACAAAUACUAUUCUCCCUUGCUUUUCGAACGAGAAACCGCCUAAUCUGAGGAUAGAGCAACGCUCACUAUCUGCUACACGGGAUCGAUCAGUUCAGGCCAAAUCAGCUACAACACAUGUAAGUACUCACCUGCAAAGAUCAACAUGCACAGCUGAUCCGAGGAGACCGCAAUCAUGCUCAUCAAUUGCAAGUAUCUCUAGGGAUCGAAAAGUAGUCGGUAGUAGUGUUGAAGGGAACAUGCAACUGGAUAUCAAGAAAUGUAUUGUCAAUGAAGGUGAUAUGAUCAAUACCAGUAGUCCAAAAGAAAAGAGAAGUAAUCAAACAAGAAACGAGCGGCAAGUAUUGGGAAGUAGGAUGGUACAGAGAGUCAUGAGCGCAAGAUCUAAAGCAACUACUCUUGAAGAAAAAAAUAAGAUACCGAAUUCUCGGUUUCCACUUCAUGAAACCUCUGGAUUUGGAAGAAUGAUUCUUAAGAGUUCAAUGGAUACAACUCUCAAGCAUUUGGUACCGGUGGCGCCAAAGCUAAAACGGGAUGGAGUUUGA